UUUACGUAUGACGCCGCCACGUGGUCUGUCACGCAAGAGAUGAAAGAUGCUUAUGACACUAACGGUUAUAUUCUUGUCAGAAACGUCUUCAGUCCCGAAGAGAUGAGGAAAGUUCGGGCGUUCGUGGAGGGCAGUGACGUCAUCCAAGAACGCGCCUACAGCCGAGACGACGGCAAGAACAGACGGAGCCGCGUCACCCUGUGGAACCACCCGGGCAGAGACGUCCUGGGGUGCUGGCGAGAAGCAGAGGGUGGCCGGACCAUGGAGGAGGUGAUGGGCGGCCAAGAGGUGUACCACUACCACAGCAAACUUGAUUAUGAAGGAUGCACACACGGGAGGCAGGCACGUGUGGCACCAGGACUAUGGAUACUGGUACAGGAACGGCUGCCUGUAUCCGGACAUGGGAUCCGUAUUCGUUCCGAUCGACGACUGCACGAAGGAGAACGGCUGCUUACAGGUCCUCAAGGGGUCGCACCGCCUCGGCCGCUUCGACCACGUGAGGGUCGGCGAGCAGCUGGGAGCCGAGCCGGAGAGGGUGGAGAAGGCCAAGGAGCAGCUCGAACACCUCCACCUCGAGAUGGCCUCCGGAGACGCCCUGUUCUUCCACUCCAACCUCCUGCACACCUCCGACCAGAACACCUCUGAACGCCGACGCUGGGUGUUCAUCAUAGCGUUCAACAGGCGUUCGAACAACCCUUAUAAGGAGCAUCACCAUCCGCAGUACACGCCCAUGACGAAGGUUCCGGACUCCGCUGUGCUUGAGUGUGGCGACGGAAGCGACCCCAACGACCAGUGGUUCAUCAAACUGGACGAUGACACUUCCAUCCGCGAGAGGGUUCACUGAGCGCUUCGAAGCCCAGAAUGAGACGGGGUUCGAAUCCCGGAAUGAGACGGGGUUCGAAGCCCGGAAUGAGACGGGGUUCGAAGCCCGGAAUCAGACGUGGUUCGAAGCCCGGAAUGAGACGUGGUUAGAAGCCCAAAAUGAGAUCUUCGAAACCCGAAAUGAGACGGGGUUCGAAGGCCAGAAUGAGACGUGGUUCGAAGCCCAAAAUGAGAUCUUCGAAACCCGGGAUGUGAGUAGGUUCGAAUGCGAGAAAAAAGAUGAGGUUCGAAUCUUUGAAUGGGAUGGAGGUCUAAGUCGAAAUUGAGGUGAUAUAUAUGAGCCUAGAAUAUAGAUAAAUAAAUAGACUGAUAGGUAAAUACAUAUAGAUAGAUAGAUAAAUAGACCGAGAUAUAGUUAUAGAUACUCCAAGACUUUAAAUACACCUUUUCCUUAUCUAGAUGAAAUCGAGAAUGAGAUACUUUUCGAAUCCGAGAGAAGAGACACGGUUUGUUCGAGAUCUAUGAUAUGGGAAUUUUAUAAGGGGUCCAGGGCGGUAACAGCGGUUCCACACGACGUCGAGGGGACCAGGCUGUGAGGUCCGCGGCCAUCUCCCUAGUCGGAAUGGCUUCAUUGCCCUCACCGUCGCCUCUCCCUCCCUCUCCUUCUCCCUUCUCCUCCCUCCCU